AUGUCGGCAGCAGCGUUGAUACAAGAGCAAGAGCUGCAGCUGCGUGCUCAGUCGUACUACCCCGAGAACGUCGCUCACAACGCCAAGCAGGUGGAACAUGUUCGAUCGACAGCGCUGUCCGUAGCGGGAGGAGUAGCGGGAGUGCUGGGAAUGACCAACUGGCUCGGCUUUGGCUUCUACGUCGUCUCUGUGCUGUUGACCAACGUGAUUGUGCUUGCAAUCAACGCAAACGGCACGCCGAGCAAGUACUUCAUCACCCCUUCGCCACCUCUCAAGCCCCUUACCGCCCAAACAAGCGCCCCGACACCGGCAAAGAAUAGCAAUGUCAAGUCGCAGAUCAGCACCAAGGCGUUGACCAUCGACCCAAGAUCUGGAAGCUUCUCAACGAACGAUGUCGCCUCGUUCUUGAUCAACGGUCUGACGGAGAACGCGUUCAGCUUUAUCCUCUGGUGGACCUUCUGGUUCGGUAUCGUGCAUGUAUACGACUAG